AUGCCUGUCCGGAAACAAGACGCUUAUCGAGCAUUGGAAUUGCUCGAAGAAUAUUAUAAUCGUCUUGAUUCACCAGAAGACAAACCAUUGAAGAAUGCCAUAGAUAGAGUGAUCAAAGUUUUCAAAAGUCGACUAUUUCAAGCGUUGAUCGACAUUCAAGAAUUUUAUGAAUCAAUUUUACUCGAUGAACAACGUGAUCGGUUAGCGAAAAUGGAUGCAACAAUACAUUUAGCUGAAGAAUGGGAAAAACAACCGAUGCUUAAACGAAAUGUUCGAAAUGGUACACCGACAAUCGAAUCGCCAGCAAUCGCACCGAUCGCAACGAAUAAUCCAAUUUCUCGGCCGAUAAAUACUAAAGAAAAUAGUAAAAGACAUGCGACACCAACGCCAUUUUCUCAAAUAGCUGAUGCACAUGACGGAACGAACAAUAAUAAUCGUGUAAAUCCUCCUGCUUUAAAUUCACCUAUUGACAUCACGCAAUUUAAUUAUGAUGAUCAUUGGCAAGAAAUUGAAGUUGAUCUCGAACGAGGACCUGGGAUUGGUCUUGGGUUUUCUAUCGCUGGAGGCGUUGAUACACCUUGUAUCAGUGAUUCGCCAGCUGUUGUUAUUACACGUAUCACAGAAGGUGGUCUUGCCGAUCGUGACCAACGAUUAAAACUGCAUGAUAUUAUUCUACGUGUGAACGAUAUGGACUUUACUCAAAUCGACCAUCAAGCUGCUGUCGAUGGGCUCAAAGCUGCUGGUAACCAUGUUAAUCUCUUAAUUCGUCGCUUAUCACCGCCUGUCAUGGAAGAAAUUCAAUUGAAUAAACCGCCCAAUUCGCACUUGGGAUUUUCGAUUGCUGGUGGAAUCAGCCACGAACAUGUGAAAGGGGAUUAUGGAAUCUUUAUCACAAAUAUAAUUCCAGGCGGCAUAGCGGAUAAAAAUGGACGGCUGAAAGUCGGCGAUCGUUUGAUGCAUGUUCAAUCAAUGAAAAACGGCUACGAUCUUCAAUUUGUUGAACACAAACAUGCAGUAGAAUCUAUCCGACGUGCAUGCGAAGAAGGUGCAGCAAUAACUCUCUUAGUUGGCCAUCCAACUGAUUAUCCAGGUCUAAGCGAUACGACAAUUCAGCCAACAAAUGGACAUCGUUCACCGAUGACGAAUGAUGAUCAAGGAGAACUUCUAUCAGAACGUCGUGUGCUACUACAUCGUGGUCCAACUGGUUUCGGCUUUAACAUUGUUGGAGGUGACGGUGACGAAGGCAUUUACAUCUCAUUCAUCCAAACAGGUGGCAUCGCUGAUAGAUCGGGUGAAUUGCAAAAGGGCGAUCGUAUCCUAUCAGUGAAUAACAUCGAUUUUCGAGGUGUAACUCACGAAGAAGCAGCAGCAGUGUUGAAAAGUUGUGGAGAUACCGCCGAUCUACAUGUUGUUAAUAAAUAUGAUGACUUUAUUCGUUUCGAAAAUCGCAUUGAUGAACGCCGAAGUAAAAUGACAGGUGAAGUAGCUGGUAGUACUGGUAGUUUGAAAACAUCCACGAAAAGACAAUUUUUCGUUCGUGCUGAGUUUGACUAUGACCCAUCGAAAGAUCCAAGUAUUCCAGGCGAUCGAGGUUUAGCGUUUCAUGCAGGUGACAUUCUCUAUGUCACAAACGCAGCCGAUGAUUCCUGGUGGCAAGCUAAGCGUAUAACCGAUGGACAGGAAGAAGAAGAACUAGGUAUAAUUCCAUCAAAAUCCCGAGUCGAGAAAAAAGAACGUGCCCGACAAAAACGCGUCAAUUUCAAUCAAGGAAAUAAUAGUCGAAGCAAUACACUCGAUCGCGAUAAAAAGAAAAAGAAAAAAUUUGGUUUAUUCGGCAAAAGUGGCGAUCGAAAGGAUACUCAAUCGGGCGAUGAAUCAGAUAAUGAACAAGAUAAUCUUGAACCUGUACCAUCCUAUGAAUUAGUUACUCAACACGAAGUUAACCAUACAAGACCAGUGAUCAUCUUCGGCCCAUUCAAAGAGCUUCUCAAUGAUCAACUUCUCAACGAACGACCCGAUAAAUUUGCUAAUUGUGUACCCCAUACAAGUCGACCUAAACGUGACAAAGAAGUCGAUGGUCGUGAAUAUUAUUUUGUUCCGUCACGUGAGCAAAUGGAAAGAGAUAUUCAAAACUAUCUAUUCAUUGAAGCCGGCGAAUAUGGUGGCAAUCUUUACGGCACUAGUGUUAGUGCCGUUCGUGAAGUAGCAAAUUCCACAAAACAUUGUAUUUUGGAUGUCAGUGGUCAUGCUAUUCGACGAUUAAUAACUGCUGGUCUCUAUCCUAUUGCCAUAUUCGUUAAACCACGUGACGUGAAAUGGAUUUUCGAUAACAUGGGCGAAGAAGCGAAUGAAGAGCGUGCUCAACAAAUUUAUGAAAAAUCAAUGAAAAUUGAACAACAAUUUGGCGAUGUUCUCACAUCUAUUAUCGAAGAAGAAACAUUAGGUGAUGUGUACGAUCACAUUUGCGAAACGAUCGAUCGUGAACAAUCACUUGAUACGGUCUGGGUUCCAACGAAGGAAAAACUCUAA